CUUAGUUACCACUGGCUGCUUGCCGUAGCAGUAGCAGGAAGCAUUUGGUUGACAGUUAAAAAACAAAGUGAAAUCACGAGAUGCUCCAAUCCACAGCAGAUAUUCAACUAUGCUGUCUGUCUGUCUGUCUGCAGCUGUUCUGGGAGAGGAGGUUGAAAGGUCUGAGGUCAUCAGACAUCACAGAGGAAGUACUGCAGACCCUGGACCUGCCCAAAGGCCUGCAAAGUGUUGGACCAGACUCCAGCGAUGACACGCUGCUUUCAGCCAUCGCCAGCGCUCUGCACAUGAGCUCUGCUCCAAUCACGGGCCAGAUAUCUGUGGCUGCGGAGAAGAGCCCGGUCGUUUGGCUGAACACGAGCCAGCCGCUCUGCAGGGCCUUCAACAUCACCGACCAGCACAUCCGGUUAGAG